ACCAAAAACACCCGAGUCGUCGGCGCCUCCACUGCCGGUAUCCGUGCCAUCAUGACCCAGAUCACUGCCCUCUACCUCCGUACACCCGCCAAGCUCUUCAGACCCUCGCGAUUUGACUACCUUGCCACCACUAGGUUGAUGUUUCGCGACUCCUUGAAGGACAAGCCCUACCGCUUCUUCACCCAUUCGUCGUUGGCCAUCCUCACCAGUGCUGUAAAGGCCCACGGUUGGCUGUAUAUUCCCAAGCAUGUCAUGCCGCCUUUGAUUCUCAACAGUGCCACGGGCGUAAUCUUAUACACGACGUACCUCGGCUCGCUCCAGGCGCUAAGCGACAAACACACAGUCGGCACCCUGGUAUACCCUAGCCCGUUGGACACGUUCCGGGCAGGCUUCUUGGCAGGAUUUGCCCAGUCACUAGCGGCUGCGCCUAUUGACGCCAUCCAGGCCAGAUCCAGCGCGCUGGAGGUUUUGUCGGGGGGUAUCCACAACACCACGUACUGGCAGUACGGCUUAAAAAAGCUCCAGGAGAUUGGGGUGACGGGUGUUUUUGCGGGAUACGGGUUGAGUAUGGUGAAAGAGAGUGUUGGUUUUGCCUUUUAUUUCAGCACGUUUGAGUACAUAAAGAACCAAGCCUUCUGCAACACGGUGAACAUGAUAUAUGGGUACCGAAAGCUCAAGGCCACUAUUCUCUUUAGGGACCCCCCAUCCUCUGAAUCUUCCCGUCAGAUCAACCGCAACCACAAGUUUUUGCAAACCACCUUUAUUUUGCUUGCCGGGGCCAGUGCUGCUUUUGUCCUCUUGGCGAUUCAGUAUCCGUUGACCAAGGUUCAGAACAUCCACUUGAAGAGAUUGGAGUACUUGGACAUCGCAGCCCAACAAGCCAAACCAGCCCCACCCGCACCGCCUGCUGUCGACCCUUCCACCAAGCACCCUAUUUCCGCCAAGCUCCAGCCAUUUAUCGACUACUUCAAAAAUCCCAAGAUCAAGUUGUACUACCAGUCGUACCUUGAUACUAUCAUCCACGUAGAUAAGGCGAAGAGCAGGUCAAAGUUGAGUUGGUUCCAGUGGGGCUACCGUGGGUUUGCCUACAACGCCUUGACGAUGAUCCCCACGACCAGUGUGUGUCUCUUGGUGUUUGAGAUUUUACGGACGCGUUUAGCCGACGAGUUGGAAGACUCCCUUGAGCCAUAGACCCAUCAUGUAUAUAGACCCAUCAUGUAUAUCAUUCCACAACCUUGUACAUUUACAGAUGUUUCCAGUUAACAUCAACGACCA